CCUGCGAGCAGUGAGCAGGUGAACAGACUAGCCGCUGACAACUGGAGCAGCCUCUCUGCUGGACCGUUGAUGGACGGGCUGCUGACGCCAUGAUUUAACGCUCCUCUGCUGACAAACAGCACCAGCUAUGUCUGUCAACUCCCUCCUGCGAUGCACCAUCAGGCUGAAGAGGAAACAUGUGGCCACACAUCUGGCCCAGCUCAGAGCUCUGUCAGGGGCAGAUGCGGUCAAUGCUCUCAGACCUUUUUAUUUUGCUGUCCAUCCUGACUUCUUCUGUCAGUAUCCCAGAGAGCGGGAAGUGAAUGAGAACUCAUUAAAGAGGCUAAAUGGCUACCUGGAGAACCUGCAGAAGCCUGGGUCAGUCUCAGUUCAGCCAAUGAAGCUCACCUUUUAUGUCAGGGACACAAAAGACAGCAGUGACCUGCAGCCAGACCUCCUCACCUCAGGGUUCCGGUCAGUGAGUUUCACCCUGCACACAAACGAUGUAUUGAGCACAGUGAUGAAUGUGUUAAAGUCCUGCAGCCUGCCUGUGGAGCACAUGAAGGGACUGAAAGCAAGAGCAGAGACAGCUAAAAGUCCACCUGAGGCGGGGGUGCCUUUCUACAGACCCAUCAAAUGGGAUAAGAGCUACUAUACCUUCACUGGCUUCAGGGACCCUGAGCAGGAGCUGCAGCAGGCCAGGAGGGUGGAGCCUACACUCAGUUUGUGGCUGAGAAACAACGAGCCUGAGGCGACAAAGAAGCACAGUGCUAGUCUUCCUCGGAGAGAGGAGCUGAACAGACUGAAGAAGGAGCUGUGUCACAGAUUUGAUCUGGCUGAUAUCAGGCUGUGUACAUGUUGCCAUGGUGAUGUGUGGUGCAGGUGGCAGCGCAGUUGGGGAGUCGCCCACAGGUGCUGUCAGCUACAGAGUCUGAGCCGACUGUCCCAGCAGAACCCUGAGGCCCUGAUCAACCUGCAAGGACACACCGUGGUGUUUGCUGACCAGUCAGGAAUGAACGCCUCUGGACACGUGAUGUUGGGAACCAUGGAUGUUCAUCACCAGUGGACCAAACUGUUUCAACAGCUGCCCAGCUAUCGCAGCCUGCAGCAGCAGACAGACUGGCUGAAGGAGAGGAUCAGCCUCCUCCUGGGUGGCACUCAGGUGGUCCACUUGGAGAGGCUGGGACCAGUUCAGCCCAUUGCAGAGCACUACAGCACCCUCAGCAUCUUCCACAAGAACCUGAUGUCCCGACGGCUGCGGCUGCACCCCAGGAGUCUGCAGGGGCUCACCAUGCUGCUGGAGAAUGACCGUUCCAACCCCAGUCUUCAUGAGAUGGGGCACUUCAUCAUCCCCACCAACUGUGACCCCCCCAAGCUACAGGUCUUCCUCCAGAGCCACGCCCCCGAGGCCAGAGAGCGCACCCAGCGCAGAAACCAGCUGCAGGCAGAGGAGGAGGCUGUGGUGCAGCAGUGUCUCCAGAGUCUGUCUCUGAGGAGUCUGUCCAAGGAGCCCAGUGUCAGCUCAAGUCAGAUGAUCCUGUGCUGUAAGAGGCUGGUGGAGCAGCGCUCCCCCCUCAUGCAGGGCCUCCACGUCUGCAUCUCUCACUUCUACUCAGUCAUGCAGGACGGGGACCUGUGUCUCCCCUGGGACUGGAAGAGCUGAGCUGGAGAGACCCGGUCUCAGCUGCAGGAUUUGACUCAGUCCAGUAUUUUUAGCAGUGUAAUGUUGAGACAGCAGGUAAACUGUUUAUUAGAUGUCUGCAGGUCACAGCAGAGUCACACCUGUCACUUCUCAAGGGAAACCUUUGUUAGGCGGUUCAUUCAAACUGACCAGUGUGGGCUCAUCCAAUCAGAAGCACUUUAUCCUCCCGCUGGAAAAGCCAAAUAGAAGCGACCGCAAGCUAAACAGGUGGGAACCAGAGGCAGAGGUGCAAUAUGACUGAAGCAGUUUUCAGACAGGGGCUGACGCAUUGUUUGACAAAGUCAGUAUUUAUUGUUGCUGUGUGACGUGUACUGAGGAAGAUUUAAUAAUGGUUCUGUUAAAGGUUCAGUCUGUGAAAUAAAUGAAAUACUAAAGCACCACAUUCAGCCCCUGGGUCAGAACUGGUCAUCACUCUGACUGACACAGGAAGAAGGUUCAGUUUGCUUCAAAUGAACUGAUGUGUAGAAGAGACAAGAAACACACCUGACCAAUCACUGCAGAGAAAAGGGAUGACUGCCACAUGGUCUGUUUCACAGGAUUCAGUUUCAGUGGUGUAGGAGGAGGUUUCAGAAGGACUUCAUUUGAAGCACACUGAUCCCCUUCAGUUCAGUAUCGCUGCUGUGGGAGAAUCCAAUUCAGGUUUUUAUAGAGCUCAGACUAUACAUGUCAAUAUAACUAAUUUAUAUGAAACUGACUGAGGGGGGGCCUCAUCACUUCAACAUUAACUAACCUUCUACAGUGUCACGGUCUAAGGUGGAUCCAGCACCUGAAACCUUUUUGUGUCAGAGACUAACCAGGACUGGUCUUUAGAAACACUUCCUGUUAACACACACACACACACACACACACAGGGAAGUGGAGUUCUCCUGUGAUCCCAACUGUGUCUGACAUCACUCCAUCAUUCACUGCUCCCUGUAGAACGGACUCAGUAUUGAGCAGUAAAUUGAGAUUUCAACAUCAUCAUCACCGACGACUGUACAGCUACAGCUGUGCUUUUAACAUCUAUAAAACGGGGGUCAUCGUGUCCAUGACAUGGAGACAGAGGGUAGAGAGCAGUGAUGGAGAGAUUUCAGACACAGCCUCACAUCUGAACUUUGUAAUGAUCCCACUGAUGUGAAACACUGAUUCUUCUCUAAUAAAAAAAAGUUAAUUUCAGACUGGACUGAUCAUUCUGACGUUCACCUGACUCUGACUCUCAGUAACACCUGAGAAACUCAGUGAUAAAAAUGUAAAUUAAUAAUC